GCUGUGACCGCCUUGGUGAGCCCGCUUUGUUAGGGAGGAGACUCGUUACAUUGGCAACUACACUCGAUUCCUUUGGAGAUUCUCUGGCGUGCCUAGCUGGCCUGGGCGUCAAUUCCAUCAUUGAUGCCGUCUGAAAAGCCAUGAACCGCUAGUCACUCGCUACAACGCCAUGCCUACGGCUUAUUGCGACCUCCGCGGCCUCCGUGGCCACUUUCUCUAUCUAUGCCUCGGCUUGCUGCUCCUUCUGAUCCCCGGAGAAGCUUACGAGAAGCUUUCGGACGAUACACUGAAAGCACUACCACGACCAAGUCAAGACUUUGACAUCCACACUGGUGCUUUGUUUUCGCCAAUCCUACAACCUCGCGUCCCCGGCACCCCUGGCCAUACGGCGGUCCUCGAACACUUUGCGAACUUCUUCCGAACAACACUGCCAGAAUGGCAGAUUGAAUUCCAGAAUUCAACUUCAAAGACCCCAGUAUCCCACGGGAAAGAGGUCCCUUUUAUCAACUUUAUUGCAUACCGCGAUCCACCGGGGGCCGCAAAGGGCGAUGUGGGCCGAUUGACCUUGGUUGCCCAUUAUGACAGUAAAAUGGAGCCGGAGGGCUUCAUUGGAGCUAUCGAUAGUGCUGCACCCUGUGCAAUGAUUAUGCAUGCUAUGCGCAGCAUUGACUCUGCCUUGGACAGGAAAUGGGCGACCAUGGAGGCACAAGGCAUGGAUCUCCUGGACGAGCACCAGGGAAUACAGGUCAUCUUCCUUGAUGGCGAAGAGGCUUUCAAGGAGUGGACAUCCACUGACUCAUUAUACGGCGCUCGUUCCCUCGCCGACCACUGGGAGACUCAGAUGAACCCGUCCAUGUCGACGUUCAAGACGCCACUUUCGUCCAUAUCUCUCUUCGUUCUACUUGACCUUCUUGGGGCGAAGAGCCCUAAUAUUCAGUCUUAUUACCCCACAACUCACUGGGCUUAUCAAAACCUCGGGGCCCUCCAAAAGCGACUCCGAUCUCUCGGGCAUCUGAAGUCCACCUCGACCGAGCCAUGGUUCGUUGAUACAUCAAAGGACUCGCAUCAAGUCAUGGCAUUCGGUGGGAUCCAGGAUGAUCAUCUACCUUUUUUGGCGAGAGGGGUUGAAGUCCUUCACCUCAUUGACUUUGCGCCCUUCAAGGGCUUCCCAUCGGUGUGGCAUACGGCGGAUGACGAUGCUGAGCACCUAGACAUGGAUACCGUGAAAGACUGGAGCGUUCUCAUGACCGCAUUUGCUGCCGAAUGGAUGGAGCUAGACGAGUUUCUUGACCACGGGGGCAACGUUCGGCGGGAAGAGGACCUUGAUGAGUCGGAGGCUAUCCGAUUAAACAAGAAGACCGAGUUUGUAUAAACCCAUCGUCAACAUGUUAAUUGCAGCGCCACUGGAUGGCUUUCUAUCAUAUAUUUACAAUGCAUCUCUCUAUGGGUUAUUACUCGUGACUCUCCCGCGAAUCAUCUAGAACAAAUUGCCCAACAUGUAUCCAGUCAUCGUUGCCAGUCCCCAGGUCGGCUGAAGGACUGAACGAAGAAUUGACGGACCGGGACACACUCCUUGCAGACCCCAAGCAACACCAAAAGCGACCGACCCAGCCACAAAACGCCAGUCGAUAUCAGCCACGGUGGCCGUAGGCAGUCGCCACUUCUCGGCCAACGUAGGCUUUGUCGGUUCGUGUCCUUUCUCCGGGGUGUGCCCAGGUUUAUGAGUCAAGAACGUGACGAGCGACGGUCCGAUUCCGAAUAAAAUGAUCAGCGCCAAUGAUGGAUCCCAGCGAGAAGGAUCACUUAAGAUAGCGAAAAAGCGCAGAACCUUGGCGGAAUCGGCCAUCCCAGAGAUCAACAGACCGAGGCCGAACUCCAGCCCGGCCAGAUAUGAAAAGAGAGUCUUGUGUUCUUCUGAUCGUUGCAGCGCCUUGGGAACGACGAUAAAGUUGAUGAUGGUUGAUAGAAGCAGUGAACCAGCCAUGAACACCAUUUCCGGUGACGAUGGGUAGACUGGCGUGUAGCAGGGGAGAUCACCACAAGAUGGGAUGUUAUCACCACCCGAGACGACGUUGGCAGUGAUCAGGGCAGUAGUAAAGAAAAGAGCUGUGGAAAUCAACGAGCGUGGCGAGAGGCGGGAAAGACCGCAAAGCAUAUGGCCCGAAGUGCAGCCGCGGCCAUUCUAGAACGAUAGCGAGGAACGGGUCAGCCUUGUUACUUUUGCUUUCGAUAUUCAACAUUUUGAACUGGUUCUUCCUACCUUCGUUCCCCAUCCUAGCAGGAUACCCACACCCAGCGUUGCCGCGGCGGAGGCUAAAGUAUAUGGUGCAGCAGGGUAGUUCGGGAUCAAGGACGGUGCCAGAAAGUACACUGGCAAGAUGCUGGAGACUAAACCCGCGAUAAUGGGAACAUUAUCCUGGUUUGGAUUAAAGACAGAACCAGAAAGGAGCGAGGAAAUGCCAAAGACCGCCCCAUUAUGGACGAGUAAACCCGACGAGCCCUGGAAGAGUAACAAGGCACCGAGAGAGGUAUGAACGGGGGUGAACAUGAUCGCGACGGGUGACGGUGAACGCUUGUGGACGAUCAAAAUUUAAGAGGAAUCGAUCUCAUGCAAGCCACAUAGUUCACGGGGGUUGCGUGGUGGUGGUAUGCCGUGCUCGAGAGAAAGAUGUGGUUGCUUGAUGAAAGGAGGGAGUAAGUACCGGGAUGGGGGAUAUCGUGGAUUUUGAUGGGUAUAGGUACACAAAUUGCAUUUCUUUGAAGCCCGAGUCAUCCGAGAUCCCCAUGAGUUCCCCGUCGCCGAUUGCAAAUAGACUUUGCACAUUCACGCAAUCUGGUAAUGCAAUUCGGGGACCACAUCCGCG